CAACAAAAAUCUUACUAGUCAUCCACUACUAAUUCUAUUUUAACCCCUAAAAAGUACUUAAUUGAACCAGCUAAUACUCAAUCGAACCAGCUAAACAAGGAGUUAUGAUCGUCUAAUACUCUACAGUAUAUUAGAUGCAUAAUAUUGCCAUCAACUUCAACUUUAUUAGGUCUUUUCUUGGUUGCCAUUAAUUUUGAUAUAAAAUAGGAAUUAUUAUUAUAAUUUAGUCAAAACCUACUUGUCUCCUAAUCAAAAUCAAAUUAGUACUACUCUUCUUUCUCUCCUUCUAUUCUAAAACCCUCGGCUCUCUUCUCUGAAUUCUCAGAGAGAAACUACAAGAGAAAGAUGGGUUUGAUUAUAGAUGAGAAAUCAAAGUUUUUGAGAGGAGUCAAGACGGUAUUUUUCUUAAUAACUAUGUUAGCUUCUUUACUUAUAAUUUCUGCUCCUGUAUUAUUAAUCAUAACAGAUUCUCUUCUUCCUUCUGCACUUCUUUCUGCUGCUUCUUCUUUCUCAUCAUCACCAUCAUCGUCUUAUAAUUAUUCAUCUCUUUCAUUAUUACAAUCACUUUCUUCUCAUCUUGAUAACUACGAUUUUCGAUCUUCUCUUGUCGACAUCCCUCUCAUCUCCAUCAUCAGAUCAGCUGUAAUUUUCUGUGUGUAUAGUAUCUGUGAUGGAAGAACGUUAUCGCGUGGGCGUUAUCUGAUCGUAACAACGUUAUGUUCAUUACUGUCUCUAGUAUUUGUAUCAUUAAAAGCUUCGUAUGUAUUCUCCGGUGGUGCUUUAAUAAGGAGAAGUAAAUUAGGGUUCGUUAGUGGAGCUAUGGAAAUUGCUCUGUUUACAUGUUCAUUGGUUUUAGCUAUAGCUCAUGUCAUCGUUGCUUAUCGUACUAGUUGCCGAGAAAGAAGAAAAUUCCUCAUAUACAACAUCGACAUCGAAGCUGUAAGUUUUUCAACCUUAACUGAAUUCAAUUUUGAAGAGUUCAUGGGAAAAUCACUAAAGAAGUUGGAGGGAAGUUUAAUCAGUUGAUCAAGAAAAUUAGAGGAGCUAAGAAAUUCCUAAUCAAGGAUUCAAAAGUCUACAAGAAAACUGAAUAUUUUUUCCAGGUUUAGCUGUGACUUGGGACCCACUUUCAGAGAUUAUUCUCUAACAAAAGUGGGUCCUAUGUUCUUGUUUCGGGCUUAACUGACCAUAACUGACGUCCCUCGACGGCACAAAAGUAUGGGCCCAAGUCUGAUGUUGGUGCUCACGCAUUUGUCAACAUAUAGGAAGGAUAAGGAUAGAUGAUAAUUGAUGUCGAUGAUGAUAAUAUAGACAGACAAGAUGAGAUUAGUCUGUACUCUAAUUUAGUCAUGUUUGGGGUUAAGUGUAGAAGGGUUUAAGGGUUUUUGUAGCUUUUGAUAACUUUACUUG